AUGUGGCCAAGGGUGCAUGGUUCCGGAAUGGCUCCGUCGGGUGGGGGAAGAGGGAGUGUGCCAGACGCUGCAGCAACAUCCUCUGCAACGUUCUCGUCAUCAUCAUUUGCCUCUCACUCUGAGCCUCCGAAACUGCAUCUCCCAGAACUGUCGAAGGAUUCGGGGCUAUCGCUAACCCGCACAAUUUUUAUUAAAAAUGUGCCGCCAACUGUGGACAACAGUCAUAAAUUACUGCCCUUUGUACCAAGUGUGGGGCUUGUCUCACUGCGGGUGAAACGGACUGGUGGCCGCGAUGUUGGGUUUGCCGAGUACAACACGGCGGAUUCUGCUUACCGAGCCCUGCAAUGGUUUUAUAGACUGGAAGUGACAGCGGGCAUUGCAUUCAACUGUUUUCCUCGUAUGCUGCAAAAAUGGACUCCCAUUCCGCCAAGAUUUCGAUAUCCGGUUCCCUACGAUGAGUACAACCACUGCGCCGGAGAUCCCACCCGCUCCACGGAGCUUCUUCUGAACAGCGUCAUUCUCAUAGCGGAGUGGUCCGUCAGUUCCCCGACGUGUCGCCCAGGCUCUGAUUCUUCCGUCAUGUCUCUUCAGCCACCGUCGCCUAACUAUUAUCACUUUUUUGUUCAGAAGCCGAUGGAGUUUAUACCACAGGCGACACUACAACUGCCGCGCUUUGUCAUUCAAUCAUCCCCUGUGAGCCAUUGUGUGGGCUUCACUGCAGUGACGACGAUGCCCCAAUGGGCUAAGGGGCCGGUUAUUCCCUCCAAUAUCAUAUAUUGUAAGCCCUCUGGGGAAUUCAUAGCGGCGGGAAACACCAAUGAAUGCAGUGGCUCAGCAGCGGGGUGCCCACUGAAGAGCAGGAGGAAUAUACAGCGCACGGCCUCGGCUGGAAACCAUCCACGGGCAUUUGAAAAUGGACAUUUUCGGUGCCAAGGGGAUGCUGUGGCAUCUCCUCUACACGUUAAGCCCCAGUUAUCACAGGAUGAUAAGGCCUCCCAAAGAGGUGUAUUGGAUUCCACCAUUGCAUCCGCGGUGCUGGAUGACAAGGAACUUCCCAGUAGUACACUGUUAGUGAGGGUCCUAAGCCCUGGUGAGCGACGUCGUCGGGAGUUUUUAUUGUCUUUGAGGGGUCUGGGCAUUUCUUUUCUAAGCGAGCCAGGGAACAUUGGUGAGGCGAGUGAGGCCACUGAAGUUUCUUCAUGCUUCCAAAGUCAGGAGUCAUGGGAGAAGCAACAACAGAAAGAUAUGCGGCAAGUGAAAUACUCUUCCGAGGAGUGGUCGUGUUUUCAUCAUCGGCACCAUCUUUGUAUGGAGCGAAAGUUACGUGAGGAGCCGCUUACCCAGUAUACGGCGGACGCGAAGACACUGAAGGCGGCGGAUUUACCGCAUUUCUCCGAUAAAGAAGAGCCAAUGUGUGAUGAAUUGGUAUUUGAUGGGGCACCGAUAUUGCCAUCAUUAUUAUCGUCAGUUGCUUACUGCGGAGACAGCGAUACUGAAAGUGCAAUUGUGAAGUUGCUGUUGAGACGCAGCUUUUUCUCGGAGCGCUUUGCUGGGUUUUAUUCCUUUGUGCCAUACUACAAAUGGGCCGGAUUUGUGCGGUUUGAGAAGACAGCAGAUGCGCGACGGUGUCUGCUGUGGUUAAGGCGGAACCCGGAUUUGGCGCCCUUAAUUGACGUGCAGUUUGCGCGCAAAGAUACAAGGCGAUAUCGUUCUCACAAGGGCCGAAUGAAGGCAAUUUCCCUUUGA